AUGGCUGGCUUCCUUGGAGUGGUGGCUUAUGGCCUCUACAAGCUGCGUAGCCGCGGGGACCAAAAGAUGUCGGUGCAUCUCAUUCACAUGAGAGUUGGUGCACAAGGAUUUGUGGUCGGUGCCAUGACCUUUGGUGUAAUAUAUUCCAUGUACAAAGAAUAUAUCAAGCCUCGCUUUCAUGGUUCUGAUGACUGA